AUGCUGUCUGGAUCUGGAACACGACUCCGUCUCCUGUUUGGGCAACUGCUGGCUAAUGGACAGUUCAAUACUCCAGUGUCACAGUCUCUGAGACCUGGUAUCCUAGGCUCAUUAGCACUGUCCAGCACUGAUCAGAACAGAAGCCCAGAACCACUUACCUCAGCUGAGAAGAUUUACAAAGUGCCUCGUGGCUGCAAACCCUCUACAUUUGAUAAGAAAAUUCUCCUGUGGACUAGGCGCUUCAAGACAGAAGAUGAAAUUCCUCCAAGGAUACCUCUGGAGAUGCUGGAUGCUGCCAGGAAUAAAGCUCGAGUCAAGACCUGUUACAUAAUGAUUGGCCUCACCAUUGUGGCCUGCUUUGCUGUGAUUGCCUCUGCUAAAAGAGCUGCUGAACGCCAUGAAACUCUCACUAGCUGGAAUCUAGCAAAGAAAGCCAAGUGGCGUGAAGAAGCUGCCACAGCUGCCGAGUCCAAGGCUAAAUAG